UCUUUUCAAAAUGAUGUGAAUGGGCGGGGUUCAGUCCAAACAUCCGUCUCUGACGCAGAAAAAGACACCAUCGUAGCCUCCAAAAACGGCUUCCCCUCUAUCACGCUCCACCGGGAAUGGGGCGACUGGUCUGACCUCGCCACGCGAGUUGCCCAGCUCGCAGAGUUCAGCGUCGACGCUUUAGACGAACAAGGGUCCUCAGUGUCCAAGUGGUCGCGCUGUCUUACCGCAGUACUUGACAGAAUGAUAGACAGCUUUGAUCGCCCCGAACCUAUCGACGUGCGCGAAUUUUUGACGCGUGCGUGCCACUCGGGCGGCAACGGUAUGUCGGGAUCGGUCGUCCAUUUUUCUGGCUGGUUGACAGCCUUCUGCUGGUGGCGAGCCGACGGGACGAGGCAGAAGGCGUACAGCGACGAGGAGCUGCAGCUCGGAUACCGAUGGUGUGAUGAGAAAUGGGAGAUAUCUGGGGUUAGCGAGUUUCCAGUCAUCGAUCAAAGUAAGAUACCUGUCGGCCUCGCCAGCGUUCCAAUCACGUUUGGCAACAGAGUCGUUGGAGGAGAAGAGGCGAGUGAUGAUACGGCUGAGACGAUCCUCCUGGCAGGGUCUGGAGGGAUGAGGUUGCUGGACAGUCGAGAGUCGACGAGGGUAGCUCCGUCUUCGAGCUAG